UACUACUGACUUUUAACCAGUGAAAAUCAAUUAAUUUAUUAAUAAACCUCCCUGAUAUCGCGAAGGACGAAGAAGAGUGGAAAAUGAGUGCCAUAACCGAUCAAGAGUGCCAUGUUAAGGAGAGUUUAUUUCACUUUAUUGAGAAAAACAUCCCAUCCGCGGAUGUUUCGGCUAUCGACGACAUAGUACUCGCCUAUGUGAUUUCUAUCCUUGAAGCAGCUUCCCAGGACCCGUGCUUUGACGUUGAAGGUUUCAUUGAAAUGAUGGCGGCUUACAUUCCGAAGUUUGCGAGCAUUGACCCCGGCCUCGUUUGCUCCUGGAUCCUGGAGGUGGAGGCUGAGCUGUCCCGUAGAGACGAGUCGGACACCAUGUCCAACACCGACGAGUCUUCCGGCAGUGACAAGAUAAGCCUGAAUUUGCAGAAUCUGAGCGACAUGCUGCCGCCGGUCACUAAGACGAGCCGCUCUCACUCCAACUCGGAAAGCUCGGAGACCAAUGAGCGUCGUUUGUUCCUCGACGUCGAGGAGUACGCUGAGCAGUGUCGCGCGUUGCACGAGAUGUUCCCGAACACUUGUGCUAUGGAGAUAAAGCACUGCGUGUCAAUUGCUUGCGGCGACCCGGAGCGCGCCGCCGCCACGCUGCUGCAUCGUCGCGAGCACGGACAGGCGCUGUCCGCUGCCGCUCUGCACGCCGCCGUGCGUACCCCGCUGUGCGACGACCGCGAGAUCAAGAGCCGCAUCAUCGCCAGAUAUUCAUAUGUGGACAAGAAUUCCGACAGCAAGGAGCACAAACCGCUCGCUCCGAAGAUCGAGCCGAAGAAGAUGGUCCGCUACCGGGACAACAAGAUCGUCUCACUCAAGGGCGAGAGGUACACUGAGGUGCCGAAAUCUGGUGUCGAUGAGGAAAAUUUAAAGAAACCGAAGAAACAGCAUUGCCCUUAACCAUUAAAGCCACGUCAGUACGGUGAAAAAGCGGACUCGCGUCCCGCUCUUCCUCCCCUCCCCCGUGUCCCCCCCGUGCUCCCCGCGUGCCUGACCGCGCAUGAUACGUGCGAACCGAACGAUACAAGCGACAAACAUACAUACGCCCCGUACUCGAAUAGCAUCGAUUUGUCCGAGUUUCCGUACGUUAGCGUCGUACGUACGCUUAAGGCGUUGAAUGCGUUUUUAGAAACGCAAGUUUGUCGCGGUUACCGCGUACCGCGUGCGAGACGGCGCGCGUCUUGUCGUGGUAGUCUUAGUGUAGUUAACGCGCGUGAUUCGCUGUUUAUUUACUUGGCGUUUUAUUUGACCGCUUUUUCCGGUACUGAUUAUUUUAACGUUUCGUCCGAACGCACGGUUUACGUGCGUUUCCUUAGUCAGUUUGUUUCGUAUUUAAUUCGCGUAUUUAUUGUUAUUUUUAAGCUCUCUAUGAGGCAGCUGUUCAGUAUUAACACGAGCGAAGCUAUGGCAUCUUAUUGUAAGAAUAAUUCUUUAGGAAUGGUAAAAUGUGUUCAAUUCGAUAGGCAAGUUAUAGGUAAUGUUAAGAUCGAAGGUGAUGUCAUAGAAAGCGAGUGUACGUUUACAAAGUGUGACGUAGUUAGCGGAGCGUUCGCGCGUUUCGCGCUGACGUCACCGCCACGCUGUGACGUCAGAGCGGAACGUUCGUCCGGCGAACGUAAUCUCAUAUUCCGUUUAGUUCUAAGUGCAAAAUGUCUGAUAACUGUGAUUAUAAAAAAAUAUUAUAAUUUUAUUAUUAUUAUUAUUAUUAUUAAUAAUGUGAUUAAUAUAGUUUUAUCGUUUUUAAAUGAAUCUGUGAUUUUAAUGCCAUUGAUUAAUAACUUAGACGACCCUUUAAGCGGUUUUUAUUGUUUAAUUUUAGAUUUUUUACGUAUUAUUAUUAUUAUUAUUAUAUUAUUAAAUAUAAUUUGUUAUGUAAACGCGACGACGGCGCGCUAAUCUGUGAUCGAAUGUUUUAGAGAGCGAUAUUU